AUGCUUCACUUCGUUCUAAAUACGUCGAAUGGUUAAUAACGGUGCCGCAGCCAGCUAACUGUAUUCGAAUUAGUAAAAUUUUAAUUUUACAAUUGUUUAUUAGUCAAAUUAUUGUUAUAUCUAUUUAAAUUUUUAUUUCUCGACGUAAUUUGUGUUCUCGUUUCUAGGGAUUUUUCUAAGGACUGUCGGUAAAGUUUUCGACGCUCGUUUUUUUAUAAAACUGAAGUAAUCCUAAGCAAUGCUAAUAUUAUAAAUACAUGUAUAGUGUUUCCCUCCUUUGUAGUAAUAUAAAAAUUACAAAUGAAUAUUGAAGGAGUAAAUGAUUUUAUCCCAUCGUGACUGGUCUUUAUAUGAUAUUACAAAAAUUUAGUUGUUUAAUAUUUUGAUAUACAACUAGGUUUAUGAAGCAUUUCAAGAUUACAUUCUAACCUGUACAUCACAUUAAUACGUGUCAAUAAAUACUGAAUAUAAUAAUAAAUAAAUAAAUAAAUAAUAUAAUAAAUACGUUAAAAAUGUUCGAAGCACAUAGUAUUAAUGCUGAGCACAAAGAUUUGAUUCAUGAUAUCGCUUAUGACUUUUAUGGACAAAGAAUGGCAACAUGUUCUAGUGAUCAGUUUGUAAAAGUUUGGGAUGAAGAUGAACAUGGUAAUUGGCACUUAACUGCAUCAUGGAAAGCACACAGUGGUUCUGUAUGGAAGGUAACUUGGGCACAUCCUGAAUUUGGUCAAGUUCUUGCAACAUGCUCUUUUGAUAGAACAGCUGCUGUGUGGGAAGAAAUAGUUGGGGAAGGGUCAGGUCCAGGGGAACGUGGCAUGAGGCAUUGGGUUAGGAGGACAAAUUUAGUAGAUUCCAGAAAGUCUGUAACUGAUGUAAAAUUUGCACCUAAAACAUUAGGUCUUCUAUUAGCUACUUGUAGCGAAGAUGGAGUAAUAAGAAUUUAUGAAGCUCCGGAUGUUAUGAAUUUAAGUCAAUGGACCUUACAGCAUGAUAUAAGUUGCAAACUUCAGUGUAGCUGUCUCUCAUGGAAUCCAUCUCUGUCAAGGUUACAUCCUCCAAUGAUAGCAGUUGGAAGUGAUGAUUCAAACCCCUCAUCCGGAGGAAAAGUUUUUAUAUACGAGUACUCUGAAAGCAGUAGAAGAUGGGCAAAAACAGAAACAUUAGCCAUUGUUGAUCCUGUUCAUGAUAUUGCUUUUGCUCCGAAUUUAGGUAGAAGUUUUCAUACAUUAGCUAUUGCAUCAAAAGAUGUACGAAUAAUUACAUUGAAGCCUAUAUUGGAUAGCGCACAAAGCGGUUCACCUCGUUUUGAAAUCUCCACGGCCGCGCAGUUCUUUGAUCAUGAUUUCACCGUAUGGCGAGUGUGCUGGAAUAUUAUGGGAACUAUUUUAGCAAGUUCAGGAGAUGAUGGCUGUGUACGGUUGUGGAAAGAUAAUUAUAUUAACAGUUGGAAAUGUGUUGCUGUAUUGAAAGGCGACGGCACUUCUGCUCAGAGUGCAGAAACGCCUACAGCAGCAACACCCCCCAAUCACACAACAGGGACACAGCAAACACCUUCUACAACAAGGUACUACAAAUUGGGUUCCAUCAGUCAUCCAAACCAAGUGCCUUGGCAUUAGAAAGAUUCAGUUAUUUUUUAUUGUAAUUAAUACUUUCAUAUUGUUUGUUAUUCCUUACAACUGUGCACUAUACGUGCGAAAUUUGUUAGAUUUAUAUUUAUAUAAUAAAGGAUGUGAUUAUUAUUAUUUUUUAAUAAUUAUACAUUUUUUAUUUUUAGUAAAUCCAUAUCAAUUUAUAUUAAUUGUCAUUUUUAUACUUUUUAUUCAGUGAAAUACAUAUGAAGUGUAUCUUCUAUCUAAAGCUUUGUAGUAUUGAUGAAAUAAGAAAUUUGUCGUUAAUUUGUUUAUAUUUACAACAAACUUGCUACUUCCACGUUGCAAGAAAAUUUUGAAUGAUAAUGUUACGAUGUAUUUUGUAAUAUACAUAGAAGAUUUAUUACACCAUACAUUUUAAGUAUGUGAAUUGAUUAAAUCCUAUAUAUUUUUGCUAAGUGUUUGAAUGAUUGUAAAUAUCAAAGUACAAUGUAUGUAAAGUUGGAUAUAUUGUCUCAUAGUUUAGAAAAGAUCAUACAGGGAACACAUUUCGUAUUCAAUUUGUAACAUUUUUUAAAAUUAAUAAAUGAUCUGUAUAUUAAAGUAAA